AUGCAGAACAACACAGGAACUGCUCAGUACGGCCAGGCGUGCCUGAACUGCGCCCGUGCCAAGUCCAAAUGUGUCAUGAGCGGGAUAGGGAGUCGGGGGUGCGAUAGAUGUCGUCGUCUACAGAAGGACUGCUGCCCGGCGCCCAGAUUACGCAAGCGCAAGGCACCGUCGAAGACGGAACUUCUGGAGCAGAAAGUGGAUGAUUUGAUGGCCUUGUUGAAACCGUCCGAGCCCCUGCCACAGCUGCCGCAACAAGGGUCUGAAAGGUUCCCGGCAUAUCCAUCGCCUUUGUCUUUUACCAGAGCAAAUGAGGAGGAUCUGUCCAAUGCAAGUGGUAGUGCGCCAGAGUCGCCGUCGAGCUCGGUCGUCCCUGACUUGACUCCUGACGAGGAAGAAGAGGUUCUCAGGGCAUUCCGGACCGAGAAGCUCCCAUGGAUGCCAAUCAUGCACAUUUCGGAGAAUACGCGGCCCAUAGACCUGAAGACCGAAUCUCCGUUUGUCUGGUUAUGUAUUACGGCGAUCCAGAAUAGGUGCACGUCCCAUACUCGAAUUUUGUGUGAUCGGGCUCGUGAAGAGGCCGGUAGGAGAAUGAUGCUUGAGUGCGAGAAAUCACUUGAUCUAUUGCAGGGCGCUCUAAUCUAUCUGGCCUGGAUCACAUUUUCUUGCCCCUCGGACAAAACCUCGCUCUGCACCUAUACGCAGAUGGCUUGCGCAAUGUUGUUCAACCUCCGGCUUCAGAAGCCUCCGCCUCUGGAUCCAAACCAUGCUCUUCCCACCUGCAACCUUGCUGGUCAUUUCACUCACCGCAGUAUGCAUGUGUCGCUAGUUCGCACCAUGAACGAGCGAAGGGCGCUGCUUGGGUGUUAUCUCAUGAGUUCAGCCGUCUCCCAAUUCGUUGGCCUCACCGAGCCGAUGACUUGGACGCCACAUAUGACAGAGUGUCUGGAUGUACUCUCCGCAAGUACGGAAACCCCUAACGACGCGGUCUUGGUGCAGCUGGUAUCGACACGACGAAUUACAGACAAGAUCCCGAUGGGGACUUGGAACUAUAGCGACCCUAAUCCGACCAUGCGCGCUCCUUAUGCCUGGCAUGUAAAGGCUCUUGAAUCGCAGCUGACUGACCUAACAAGCCGUAUGCCCCUUCACCUUCAUCACAACAAAAACGUGAUGCUCUUCCUUCAACAUCUCAAGGUUGCUGUGUACGAAACCGCACUUCUGAGCGCACCAACGGAGCCGUGCAAUGACACCGAUAUCAAUCGACUGGACCAUCUGUACACCUGCUUGAGCGCCAUCAAAGAGUUCUCGGACAUUAUCCUGAGUUUUCCGCCCACUAUAUACCCCGAUCUCUCCAUGCCCGUCUACAUUCUCAUGUCGCACUGUUUCAUUACACUCUUUCGCCUCUCGAUGUUUGACUACCCAGGAUGGGACAAGGAGGCCGUCCGCCGCGACGUCGACCUGCUGGACAUUACCGGGCAGUUGGCGGAGCGAAUGACUCAAGUACCGGCGUUGAUCGGCAUCGUCAAUGAUGGCACGCAUCUGGAUACGUGUACGAGAUUUGCUGAGAAGAUCUUGAGGCUUCGAGCGGGGUGGGAGGCGCGCAUGGCAGGUGAGCCCGAGGCAACCGAGCCCGGAACGCUGGAUCCCAUGGUAGCGAUCGAUUCGAAGUUUGAUCCGUGGUCGGAUACUUCGUGGUUGUCGGGGGCUUUGAUGUCUGGGGCGUUUUUUUGA